CCAUACGAGAGGCAGGAUGGAGGCGUGUAUGAUGAAACCAGAAGUCAAGAAGAAACCAAAAUCGCCCAGACCUCCUCCAAAGCCCACCGAGAUAAAAAGAAAUGAACCACAGAGACCUCAGAUACCCCCUCCUACGGUUCCUCAGAGACCGACAGAUUCUGAACUGAGUCACACGCAAUACAGACUGAAAAAAGUGACAGCAGCAUACAAUGAGAGCAAUGGAAAUGUGAAGCAACAACAGACAAAAGAUAAACCACCUGAGACGCCCGUGGUCCCACCCAGACCCACAGAGAAGGAACUGAACGCCCCAACCAGAUACAGCCAACGCAGGACGAACGCACAGACCAAGGACACAGAGAGUGCCAAAGAAACCGAGCAACCCGAAGCUGCUGCGGUUCCCAAAGAUGAUGCAGACUUCAAACAGGGUAAUUACUCAGUCCUUACUGGAUUAUUUCAUCGGAGCCAAAAAGGGAGAACGCCCACUUUCACUAGUUACAUGAUGAAUGAAGAGGAAAAGACUGAUGACGUCCCAGUCAAACAGGCUCCCGACGGCAAACCGGGCGUUCUGAAAGGAGUAAUGAAAGGGUUGCAAUUCAAGUCAUCACCAAAGGCCAGCAGAGAGCACAGUCCAGAUCCUAGUGCAGAGGAAGCGGGCUCAGAAAACCAACAAUCUGUAGAGAAAACCAAGCAAGAAAAAAAUGCAGAACCUAAACAGGAGAAAGGAGGUCUGUUUGCUGGAGCAUUCUGGCAAACACCCAAAGAGAAAUCAUCUUCUCCAGCAGUGACGGUCAGUAAAGCAGACAGUGAUGCUGAAGAUGCAGAAGAAGAGGCAAAAACCUCAGAGAUGCCCCAUGAAAAGGGAGGUUUCCUCUCUGGUAUCCUUAAAAAAACAAAAAAAUCACCUGAUGAGACGUCAACACAAGAGAAUCUGAGUUCUCACAGUGAGCUUUCUGCCAGCAGCGACAGCCUUUCUGAAAACAAGGAAAAAAAACAAUGGUACAGUGGGAUGUUAAAGAAACCGUGGAAACCAACAGAAAGUCCUCAAACUGAUCAGGACAAUAAAGCAGACAGUGGUUCUGAAGACGUAGAAGAAGAGGAGAAAACAUCAGAGACGUCUCAUGAGAAUCUGAGUGCCCACAGUGAGCUUUCUGCCAGCAGCGACAGCCUGUCUGAAAACAAGGAAAAAAAACGUUGGUACGCUAGGAUGUUAAAGAAGUCGCCGAAACAAGCCAAAGCUCAAAGUGAUCAGGACCAGCAGUGCCUGCAUGGUGAUUUACCCAACUCUAAUGAUGAUCUGACUGAAGCCCAGUCAAAGGAUAAAGAGUCACUGCAGACCGAGGCAUCGGCCAGCGACGAGAGCACAAAAGAUAAAGAAUCACUGCAAACGGAGGCAUCAGCUAGCGAUGACAACAGCAGCACAAAAGAGAAAGGAGGCGUUUUCAGAUCAAUGUUUAGGAAAUCUCCCAAACUGUCUGAAGGUCCCCGACUCGAGGAGGGUGCUGAGACGUUGCAUGGCGAGCUCUCUGCCAGCACUGACAGCCUUUCAGAAAACAAGGAGAAAGGUGGUUUGUUUAGUGGACUCCUCAGAAGGUCUCCAAAAACACCUGGAGAGGGAAAUUUGUCAGCAAACAAAGACGUUUCAGACAGCAGUGACAGUCUGACUGAAGCUGCUGGCACCAAGGAAAGAGGAGGUGCGUUCGGUGGAAUGUUUAAGAAAUCGCCCAAACUUGCAGACGAUCCUCCCACAGAAGAGGAGAAAAGGCCAGAAGAUGACGAGAUCUCAGGUGAAGGCGGGGUCGAAACCACAAAGGAGAAGGGCCUGUUCAGUGGACUCCUCAAAAAGACUCCUAAAGCGUCAGCAGGAAGAACUGAUUCACCGGACAGAGAAGCUCAGAAAGAGCUGUUGGCCAGCAGUGAUGACUUGUCUGACAAUAACAUCACCAAGGAGAAAAACUUUUUGGGCAAGAUGUUUAAGAAACCACAGAAACCAGCAGAGAGCGCUGCAUCAGAGGAGGAGUCGGAGGCGAAUACUGAGGCUCAGUUAUCUGCAAGCUGUGAGAAUUUGAGUGACAUAACCGUCACAAAGGAGAAAAAAGGAGGCCUGGCUAAAAUUUUAAAAAGAUCCGGCAGCGUUGACAACGUGUUGGAUGAGGGGAAAAAAAAUUUCAGUGAGCUGUUCAAGACGGCUCCAAAACCAGCAGAUGAGGAAACAAAUGAAGAUGAAGAACAGAAAUUAUCGGCCAGCGACGAAGACCUGUCAGGAGCAAACACAGCAACGGAAAAAACAGGAGGAUUGGCAGGACUCUUCAAAAAGUCUCCCAAACCAGCUCCACGCUCUGUCGCUACUCAGGAUCCCCUCUCGAGGCAGCUGUCAGCCAGCUGUGACAGCCUCACAGAUGCAGGAAAGGAGGCGGCUUUGGCAAACAGUCAGCUUUCUGCCAGUAAUGACAAUCUUUUAGAAGCUUCAAGCACCCCCAAGGAGAAAAAAGUCGGGUUCUCCGGGAUCACUGGGAUGUUCAGACGGACGCCCAAAACUGAGGAGCAACAGGAAGAUGAGGACAUGGAGGCUCCAGCAAGAGGCGCGCUGAGACGCAAGAGGACCAUCAAGAAGAAAAGACGAGUUGUGUCAUUCCGAGUCAAGAAAACUCUUCCUAAAAUUCCCAAACUUGGCCUGACUUCACAGACUUCAGAUAAAAUGCCUGUCAUCAAGGAGACUCUCGAGAUGCAGGACAUGAGCCCAACACAGAGCAUGGUGGAGGUUCAGCCGGUGGAGAUGGCUGCUUAUCCGACUGAGGAAAACCCAGUCGAAACCGAGCCGGAAGAGGAUGAGCUUUUGGAGUGGUGGAACACAGUCAAAGGUUGGAAGGAGUGGAAUGAGACUUCCGAUUUCCAGGCAGAGGAUGAGGAAAUGGCGAUGGAGCAGGCAGCCGACCGUGUCUACAUGGCAGCCCGUCUUUUUGUGCGUCUUUUCAACCAGCGCGGGGCGUCCUUACAGCAUCGCAUCCUGGAGCUUUUGGCUAUGGCGGACGCUGCAGAUGAGUUCCAUAAGAAGACAGUGUCGGCCGCUGUGGGCGGAGGCGUGGCCAGCGUCGCGGGUAGCGUCACCACAAUCACAGGCCUCAUUCUGGCGCCUUUCACUUUUGGUGCCUCUAUUAUUGUGACAGCAGUGGGGAUCGGUGUGGCGACGGCAGGCAGCAUCACGUCAGCGACGGCUAACAUCACAGAUACGGUCCACUCCAACAUGGACCGUAAGAAGAUGGAGAAAAUGAUCCAGGGCUACCAGGAGGAGAUAAAAGUCAUCAGAGAGUGCAUGGAGUUUGUGCAGAAAGGUCUUGACACCCUGCAGGAGUGGGAUUUUGAAAAAUACGCUCAAAGUGCUGCCAAAAAAGCUAUGAACCACAACAUUAAACACGUGAUGAAAGAGGGAGGCCGCGCGGGAAAAGCCCUGAUGAUCAACACCAACCAGCUCGUCAGCACGGUGCAGGUUUUAGGUAGGGCAGGCGGCGUAGCCAAGGCCGCUCAGGCCAUCAGCGUCACCACAGGCGUCAUGUCGGCACUCUUUUUGGCUUUGGAUGUUUUCUUCCUCGCUAAAGACUCUCAUGAGCUUCGCAAGGGUGCCAAAACCAAAUUUGCCACCAAGAUCAGAGAGGUAUGUAAGGACCUUCAAGAUGGCCUCCUGGAGCUCAACAGGGUGAAGACGCAGCUGCAGAAGACGAUGGACGGCAUUGAGGUGGAGGAGUUUGAGGAGGUUGAGGAGGUGGAAGUAGAGGUUGAGGACGACUUGGUGUCUGAUCCAAAGAAACUGGCUGAGCUGGAGCAGGAGCUGGACCUCCUGGAGGAGAAAGUGGACAAGAAGGUUGUAGAGGUUGAGGAGAAGGGUAAAGAAAUGGAGAAGGGAAAUUCAAAAAUUAAAAAGGUAAAGAAAGAGGAGAAGAGCAUAAAGGAAAAAGAUGAGAAGGAGAAAAAGGAGAAGAGCUUGAAAGGAAAAGAUGGAGAAAAGGAGAAAAAAGAGAAGGAGGACAGUAACGACAAAGACAAAGAAAAACGCAAGUCCAAAGAAAAGAUGCCCGAUGAGGAAAAAGAGGAGAAAAACAAGGCAAGUGGCAAAACUGCCAAAGAAGAAGUCCUGAAACAACAGUCUCAGAAAGAAAGCAAACAAGACAAAAACACCAAAAACAGAAUAACAGCUGGAAAUGACAACUGUAAGGGUAAGGUCAGCAAGAUGAACGAUGAUAUUGGUACAAAUAAAACAACAGAGAAAGAGAAACAUAAAACUAGAAAAGAGCAGGAGGAAGUGAAGAGCAGAUCAGAGGGCAGCAAAAGUGAGCGAGUGAAACCUGAGAGAGGAAGUGAAAGGAGAAGAAGCAGCAUCGAUGAUGAAGGAGAAGUGAAGCCGCCUGAAAGUACAUCUGUAAAUAAAGAGAAAACAGGGGACAGCAGUCAGAGGAGACAUAGCAGCAGGAGUGAGAAAGGGGUAGAAAGAGGAGGUGAACACCUAAAUAGAGGAACUGGCGAGGAAAGGCAAAGCAGGAAAGGGAGUGAGGAGGAUAGAGGAGUGAAGGAUUGGAGAGCUGAAAUGGCAAAAAAUAGAGAAGAAAAGAGACAAGGUCAGGAGACUGAGAACAGGAAGGAGUCGCACCAAGAUGACGAAAUAUCAUCAACGAAGAGGAGAGCGUCAGAAAGACAGUUAGGGGGCAGCAGAGAGUAUUCAAAGAGGAGCCACCACAGGAGAGAGCACAGGGAGAGGGGAGAUGAGAAGCAUGGGAGCAGGGUGGAGAGUGCAAGGAGGCAGUUUGAGAGGGCAGGAGGUGAGGAAGAUGACACAAAGGCAAAAAGAAAAGAUGAUGGAGAGAGUCAGAGGAGUAACAGAGAGAGGAGAGGAAGUGAAAGAGGGAGAGAGCAUGAACACAGCCAACCAGGACAACGAGCUCGUGCCAAAGCUCUCCUGCGAGACGGGCUGGACAUUUAAUUCUAACAUCUACCGCCUUACCAACAAAAACAUACAGUGUGUUACUUCAACAAGAAAAUCCACUGCAUCUACGGUUUCUCACAGUACUGCAGUAAAUCAAUGAUAGCUGUGUGUACAUGGAGGUGUACAUUACAAACAGGAGCAGCAGAAGGCUAACUGAACUCCUUUUAAUGAUGCAGAUACAAGGACGAAACAGUAGCACUACUGGGGUGGGAGGUGGGGGUUGUCCCACUUCUGACCUGAUGCUCUGUGAGGAGCUUCACGUUGAAAGUCAGGACAGUUUGAAAAAGAAGCUGAUUUUUCUCAUCUGACAAUAAGACAGUGAUGUAGGAACGCCAGCAGCAGUAUUGUGAGCUGUCCAGAGAUGCAUUAGAAUAUCGUCUUGAAAUUUUUUAGCAUAUUUGGUUUUUGAUUUUUGACUCCCAGAACGUCUUGAUUACACCGCUUACAAAUGUGAUGAGUACUGGUGUCUUCAUGGGAUUUGUGUGAUCCACAGAUGAUAACUCUAAUGACUUUGAUGCCUUCAGCACGACUGUUGGGUCAAAGGUAAAACUUUAUUGUAUCAGAGGAAAAUUUACCUUCUGCCACUGUGCAGUGCUAAAAAUAACUCGACAUACAACCUAUAAAUACCCCAAUAAAACAUGGCAAAUGCAAAAACAAUAAAUAAAUACAUAAAAUCUGCUAAAUUAGAAUUAGAAGUUAUCAUUAGACAGUUAUCAGUAAAAAAUAACCAACCGCUGCUAAGCCUUUUGGCAUACUGACACACUACAUAAUAUAGUGACGAUUAGCGGGCUAAUGUUUGCAAUAGGUUCAAACUCUGAAUUUAGUCUCUCUUUCACUCAUUUGCUUCUCCCUUUGAGUGGGAAAAUGCAAGGGGCUCUGUCUGCAAACACUGUGAGACACGACACUAAGACUUCAUAUGAAUCAUUGCAUUUAGAGGGAGCAGAUAUUUUAAGGUCCCGCCAUACAGUCAAACUGCAGAAUGACUCUUGCAAAAGCUUUCAGUGCAUUGUGGCAUGAUUAGCAAAAAGUAGUCUACAGGCCAUCGGCACUUUCUAGUGGACUAACUAAUGCACUAAAAUGGAUAAUAGUAAAAAUAAGUAAGGGGAGGUUAAUUAAUUUAAGAUGUGGCUGAAGUCACUCUGUAACAUUUCUGCAGCUGAAUAAUAAGCAUGUGAAUGGCUGGAUUUGGUGAGUCGGGAUGAUUUGCAGCCCAUGCUAUACAUACCCGUUUUAUUUUCCACAGCUUCAGAGACACUACAUUUAGAUGUUUUAUGUAUGUUUUGCAAUUUCAGUAAUUGUAUGCAGUAUGUAAUUGCAGCAUUUGUUUAGGCAGAUUUAGGUGGGUUAGGUUUAGAUGCUCCCUCCUUCCUCUGUUGAACACAAUCAACCAAAGUCGGUGAUUAAACACAGGAGAAAUGACAAAAAAAACCAGUCAUGAUUAUUACUGACUUCUAACAUCAUAUCACCUUUUUAUAUGUAUUUAAAAUAUGUUACACUUGUAUGACUUGUGUGUUUUAACAAGCUUUUCUUACAGAAAUGCUCCAAAUUGUUUUUUUAUAUGACAAAAAAAGCCAGUUUGACUUUGAGUCAUUACAUUUCCGGCACUACAAAAGAAAAACACACCCUGGAACUGCGCCAGGCUGAUAGAAUAAUCAUGUGAUACCUGUUCCUGUUUUUAAAGCUGACCUGUUACAGAGAUUUUUCAAACAGAGCACUUUAACCAGGUGUUGUUUCCUCCAUGCCCGUGCUCUCAGGUUUAAUGCCGCUACAUUUUAGUGAUGGUACUUAGUUUGUGUGUGUGUGCUUUUAUCACUGGUGUCUCAGUCUGUGUAUAGUCAUUGUAUGUGUUUUUACAUGGGUCUUUUCUACUCCCCUGGGCUUUUCUUGAGUAAACAAAGGGAGAAAAUGUCUGUUUUGUGUCCUUUCUGCUACACCUAAUAACCUUGAAGCAGAUGUCAUGGAUCUCACUUCCACAGUUAAAGUACAAGAGUUUCUAAGCUCACCGAUGAGCUCAUGCCUUGGCGAGGUGUAUACCAUAGCUACAGUGUUGAUCAGAUGGUUCAAAAUUAAGUGAUCAAAACCACUGCAGUUUACCAAAACCAAAUUAAGAGGUACUCUGUCGUCUUUAAAAGCUACAUUUCCAUUUACACAAAGCAGUCUUGUUACCGCCAAAAGCACUCUACAUUUCUGUGUACAUCUAUACAAAUUUUACACACUCUUUCAUACCUGAACAAUUUCAUGUGUAGACUGGAGGAACUGGGACCUACUGAGGGUGUUUAAAAUGGCAUCAUAUAACGUCACCACUUUUAAUAGAUUGCAUUAUUUAUGUUAUAAACAGAUCGCAGUGGUUUGCACAUUUGCCAAACAAGCAAAAGAGCCUCGGCUCGGCUCUGGGAGGAGAUACAAAUGCUUUUGGGGUUGUGUCAGGAAGGGCAUCUGAUGUUGAAACAAGAAAAGAAAAAUCUGCCAAAUCAGUCUAUCCCCUUAAAAUGUUGUGAGUUGAGUGUGACAGGUUAAUUAAAAAUGAUUUGUUAGUUAACUGUUAAAUUAUAUAUAGUUUAAAUUAACUAUCUGUUCACCAGCCUUUAAUAAAGUGUCACGGUUCUGGGUCUUUGUGACCCAGCAUUUUGA